UCUAAACAAAUGAGCCCUAGGUGAACCUCUUUUCUUUGAAUUGAUGGGCACCAUUAUCUUCUUUCAUUAGGGCCAAAGAUUUUCAUCCUUAACCUUUACUUAGUGUCAGAAAUCUUAGCCCAGGGUCUUAUUUAGCUCAGGGUGGACCAAAUCGGGUUCGGACGUAUAGGGCCAAACUUGCAACCUUCCCAGCUCGCCUUCAGCCGUCUCACCGCGCAACACAAUAGCUCUCUCUUUCUCUUUGAAUAUUCUCAUCUUGAAUCGGGAGUAAGCAAUCUCUCUCAUUCUCGCAUCAGGGUGAAGAAGAAGAAGAAGAAGAAGAAGAUCAGUCCAGUUUCCUUUUUCGGGUACGAACUUCUUUGACCUUAUUAAAGGUAACGUAAAUGGAGAUAAAACCAACAGUUGCAUUAAGGGCUUUACUUGUCGGAGGUAUUGCUGCAUUUGCAAAAGUGGCCGGUGCAAUGAAGGCCGCAGGUGGUGUAAAGCUGGGGGCUGCAGCAGCUGCCAUGACAGCUGCAGCAACCGCAGCUGUGUCGGGAUCAAAACAGGAACCAAAAGAUACUUUGAAGCCACCUUCACAGUGACCUUUUGCCAAAGUCUUUUAUGGUCUCUGAGAGGAUGUAAAAUAGUGCCUCAACGCAAGCUCAUUAGUUGUACUUAUGCUGUGAGCAUGACAGUAAUAAGAUUUUAUUUUGUUUUGGAUUCUUCAAUUAUAUAUUCUAUGUUCUUUUUACAGUACCCAGAAAUAAUGGCUUGGGAUUGGUAUGCAAAUUAAGGAAAAAAUUCAAUUGCUUGGUUGGAUCA